AAAGUAUUUAACAGAGAUUUUAUUUGUAAAAAUUUUAUUUCAUCUCUAAUAGGUAUAGAUAUUUUUAUACGUUUAACGAGAAAGUAAAUUCACAAUAUUCAAAAUGAUGAUGUCUAUUGUCUUGCGUUGUGCAUUCGUUGCGUUUGCAGUAAUACAGGUAAUCAUAAUUUAUUAUUCAUAAACAUAGGUAUUUCGAACUAUUUUCGACAAAAUUUUUAUUUUGUACAUUUUAACAAAAUUACCAUUUUUUUAAAAAGUCGAUUUGUUAACCAUGAUAAAACUGUGUCAUAAGCAAUUUAUUUUACAAACAUAAUGCAACUAGUUGUAAUAAAAUAAAACCAUAAAUUAAAAUGUAUUAUUACGAAAUUAAAAAAUAUUUUAAUAGUCAGCUAUUAUAGGUAUUACUGUAUUAGUUUAUUGCUAAUUUUAUCAAUAUUUACUCAUAUUUUAUGUCAUUAUUGGCCGGUUACCAUAUUGUUACUUAUCUAGAAAAAAAAUGUACUUAUAUACAAAUAUUAUAUAAACUAAUAACAAAAUAAUUGAAAAAAUAUAUUUUGUUCGUUUAUUUUUUAAACAUAAUAUUGAUUUAAAAGAAAUCAUAUUUUAUAUCUUGUCGUAAUUCAGCAUCAUUAAUUUUUACAUGUUUUUACAUUGUACGGUGGUCGUAUUAUUAGCACGGUGGAUAAUAUUAUCUACCGUGAUUAUUAUCAUUUAUCCCCUAUGUUCUAUUUAUAUUGUUAUUGUUAAUUAAAAUAAGCUAAAAUAUCUCAAAUAGCUUACCAAUUUUCAAUAAUAAAGACAACAUUAUAUUAUAUAUUAAUUUCGCUUUUACAUUGAUAAUUAUUUAAUAGUUCUUUUAAUAUCCGUUUGGCGAAUCAAUAUGCAAUGAUGUUAUUACUUGUUGAUACGUUACGAGUGUAUAUUCUUCGGGUAUAAAAGUGACACUAUCGUGAUAGUCUGAUACAAUACACGGCCAUGAAUUUUCGACGGGAGAGAAUGUUGUAAAUAAUAGUCACGAUUUACGGUUAUAUCGUAGAAUCUUUUUCUUUUAUACCCAACUUGACAAUAAUAAUAAAUUAGAAGUCGGAUCCAAAAAAGCCGAUUUGUAUGCAAUAAACCGAGCAUUUUCCAUGUAAAUUGACUAAUAUACAUAAUUUCAAGAAAUUUAGAGUUUAAAAUUAUUAAAGAAACACUCAUAGUUGUUGUAUUUUUGAGCCAAAGUAGGAAACAGAGCAAAUAACCUUUAAUUUCUUUUUCUGCAGCUAGUUUAAUAUUUGGAUAAAAUAUCAUAUCUUUGAUUCUAGGGAAGAGGGCUAAAUCAAUUUUUUUUUUUUUCAUAAAUUUAUACAAUGCGACUUCCCUUAAUUUUUAUUUAAAUUGUAUUAGUUAAACCAUUAAAAGUGUAUGUAUUUACAAAACUUAAUUUACACGAGCAUCUAAAGACAGCCCAAAUGAGCAGUAAUUAUCUUAUAAUAUAUUAUGCAUACUGGGUGCGUAUUUGUAUUCAAGAUUUAAACAGAUGAGUAUUAUCAAAAGUAAGCAUUUUAUUUGUACAUUUGUAAGUAGGUACUUAUCUAAGUGUUACUGAUAAAGCGAUGAAUUGAGAAUACAAUUUUAAAAUAAAUCAAUAUAUGAUCAUAUAUGAUCAUCAAUAUCCAAUUCAAAAUAAAUAAGUAAUAAUAUUAGAUAAUAUAAUAAUAAUUAAUAAAUAAUAUUAUUUAAGAUAUUAAUAUAAUUUGAAUAUUUAAUAAAAUAACACUAUAUAGGUAUUUAUAUUAAAAGAUAAUAUGUACAUUUAAAUAAACGUGUAAAAAUAUUUAUAUAGUGAACAUUAGGUGGGUACCUACAAUUUGUAUUCGCAUGGAUGAACGACCGGAUUGGUUUUAUCUAACCUAACCUAAAUAUGCCAGAUGAAGUGAUCUUUGCUAGUGAUGGAUACUAGGGUGGUUAUAUUAAGAGAUAAUUUUGAGAUAGUGACUGAUAAUUUGAGAGAUUAUUUAUGUUUUUUUUUUUUUUGUAUUUAAGAUUGACCUAAGCUCAAUCAAGGGGUCUGAGUUUAGUACGAGCUGAAAGGCCUCUCCAUGAUCCAGUAACCUAAUGUGCAUAUGAUCGAAGCACAAACUGGAGUUUUUGAAGAAUAAAGACGCAACUUGGUUUGUGAUGACAAUGCGUAUUCUUGUUAGGCCGGUGGAAGAUAAAGUGGUUUGAUUCCUGACUUAGGUGGGGAGACGUAGGUCUGGACUGCCUCCAGUCUCUACUACUGCGUGUCGGUAAUUAGGGAUGCCUAAGUCGUCCCAGCGCACGUUAAGAUAGAGCAGACAUACAUCUUGAGAAGUAUCCUAGUACUGAUGGCACUAGACUGCGUCGAUUUAGAAUCGAGUAGAGUUGUUGUAGGUGUAUGUCCCGAGUUCGUGUUGCAUUUUUAAUUCUAUUGUUGAUGUGGAGUUUAGUGAGCGAUCGAUUGUUAAGUGUAGGUGUUUGAAGUAGUUGGAACAUCGUAAAAUAGUGCAGUUUAAUGGUAGUUGCAGGAGGUACUUACAAAAACCAGAUAACAGAUAACUUAAAGGCCAAAUAAGAAUAUCCUUAGGUCCACAUGGACAAUAAAUAAAAUAAUACUACUAAUAAAUACAUAGUACAUACAUACCGCAUAGGUUCAUGCAUAUAUGGACAUAAGGGGAUUCUUCUUUGGCUUUUAUGUCAUCUAUUAUCUGAUUUCGAACACUUAAUGUUGACUUAUUUAAUCACUGUUCCACUGAAACUUUUAAUCACAGUUCGUUUUGUUUAAAACUCUACAAAAUUUAAUUAGGCCUUUUUCCCCGGAACCAAAGAUUUAUAAAUUACAGAUUUAAUUUGUUUGUAGUUCCGAUUUACAUUUCGAAAAUAUAGAGUAAUUUUGUUGUUUUGUUAGGUGGCACGUGCUCGAAAAUAUUGUAACUGCGACAUAGAAUACGAGGGCCAAGAUCCGGAAUUGCUGUUGACCUCGACUAAGGCGUCGUUAAACAAGGACUAUAAUUCCGCCAAAAAAAAUCUUGAAAAUGUCAAUUGUGACGUUUCGAAACUUGAGGAAAAGUCUAAAAUGCUCAAUAAUCUCGAGGAUGCCCGGUACAAAUUGGACAAGAAAAUAAGUGAUUUGGAUGACGAGGUUCUGCACCGCAUGCACAAGGCGUAUCUCAAAUACGGAUCGACGUCCGACUCAGGUUACCAAAUUGAGAUGGAUCAAAUAAGGUCCGACGUCGAGUCGAAGCUGACUUCGUACGCGAAUCAGUUUCACCAUACGACAGCUGAAUGCAAAAAGUUUACAGACAAUGCAAAAAAAAGCGCUCCAGCUGAGAAGAAUUCAUGGUUCGGGAUUUUGUAAUGUUCUGCAUGUUGUUUUGUAGUUAUAAAAAAAUAAUAAAAUAUGAUUCGAUUAUUUUAAAAACUUUUUUUUAACUUCACCCAUUGGUAUUUGGUAGUAUAUUCAGACUAGCAUAUUGUUCAGUCGGUAUAAUGGUAAUCAAUAUGACGUAUUCUUAAUCAAUUUACUAAUUUAUUUUUAAUAUAUUUUAAAUACAUUCUUGGUAAAUACAAUUUGAAUUACUUUGUCUG